AUGCGUUUAUCACAAGUUCUCCGCAAUUAUUCAAAGUUACCUAAAAAUUACGCCAAUUUCCCCGACAGAUAUGUCCGAAAGCAGACAGCGUUUGUGGAGUGGAAGUCUCCACCACUGCCUCAAUACCAGCCGCGGACUAUUCGGUGGCGCAAACGAGCCCUCUAUGGUCUCGAGAGGAGUUGGUCUCAAGAGUUCCAGACAGUGAACGCGCCAAACAUACCGCUGCCCACAGUGUAUGUCGAGCCCAUCAAACACUUCUACAUCUUCAGAGGCGAUAGAGUGGAGGUAUUGGUGGGCAGAGACAAAGGCAAACACGGGAUCGUUAACUAUGUGGUGACUGAACGCAAUUGGGUGUGCGUUGAGGGACUCCAUCUCAAGUACAAGACUGAGAGCAAAAGCCACGAUUACCCGGGAAUGAUGGUCUCCACCGAACGGCCUCUACUCGUGCCCAGAGAUGUGGCUCUCGUCGACCCCUCUGACCACAAACCCACCAAAAUUGAGUGGCGUUUCGACGAAGAGGGCAACAAAGUGCGGGUCUCUGUCCGCACCGGACGUAUAAUCCCUAUACCGGUGUUGGCGGAGGAGACGCGUGACUUCAAGACCAGAGAAACAUAUUUAGAGCAAAUCAAAGACACCAAAGCAGAUGACAUGAAAAAGACUACUUUUAUACCCAAAGUAAGGACUUUUGAAAUGGAUGUCAUGGAAGAGAUGCACAUCAAAGAAGACAGAAUUCCUUAUAAUAUGUUUUGGUAUUAA